AUGGAGAAUACUAAUGCAAAAUUACGAACCAUUUUGUCUAGAGAAAAGUUCAAAGUGCAUCUUAGUGUUAUGUUCUCUUAUAGAGAACAGGGAGCAGAAACGACGACGUUUGGUCCAAGGGAGAGUAAGAAAGCAACGACUUGUAGUAAUGUUGGUAGGUUGAAUUGCAAUGUUAGCUACACUACUUUCGCUGACCCUGCUCUUGGGAGUCAGGGGACUGAUCACAAAGAGUACUCAUCAAUGCUUCACAAAGCGUUGAAAGGCGUGAUGUUGAUGGAAACGUUUCCAAAGACAAACGUUGAUGUUUUUGCGCUGGUUCUUGAAUCUGGAGGCAGUGACCUCCCCGUUGUGAUAUCAUGUGCCAGUCUUGCUCUUGCAGAUAUAGGGAUUAUGAUGUAUCACAGCUGUUUCAGUGGUAAAAGCCUUAUGAUUGACCCGGUAACAGAAAUGGAACGAUGUGAAGAUGGAAGCUUGAUGAUGACAUGCAUGCCAACUCAUUAUGAAAUCACUCAGCUGACCAUCACUGGCAAUGCAGCUUUGCGUGGAUGCUUGUUCAAAACUUGGAGAGAUUAUGCGGUAUUGUCUGAAACAAGCUGCGUCAGCUUCUGA